CAUCAGCGGUUGUCACAUAACUUUUGCUAGUUAUAAAAAGCCAAGCAAUAUGUCAAAUGUGGCAAAUAUCUUUGUUUUGUUUAUGAUGAGGAUGUGUGUCAGAGUGAGUCAUAAUCAUAUAGAGUUGAGUAAUGGUAUAUCUCAUUACACCAACUUAAGUGAUGUCACCCACUGGAUCAACCCCGAAAACCCCGUUUCUCUUCAUACUACAUCACUAACUCCCUCCUUUGAUCCCGUCAUAAUUUUACUACGGCAGCUAGAGAUCGCCUGGCAAUAAAGCGUAGCUUUGGAUCGUGAUGUGCCAUUUGCACAGAGGAUCUACAGGGUCGAUUUGUACUGGAGGACAGUCUCCACAUUGCAUAUGGUCGGUGAUGGUUGAUUGUUGACUGUUGGGAGCCCUUCACUUGAGAGAUUAAAUGUAUAUAUUAUAACUAUAGAUAAUAUAAAUAUACAUUUUACAGAUGUUUAUAUGAUGUUUACAGAUGUAAUGGCCCAUCAAAACAUUUCUGAGGAUGGUGGCAGUGGGGGAACUUUACAUCAGUACAUUUUUAAAAUCCUGGCUACGGCCCUGCAAUUUGAUUGGUCCAUGGGAGCCUUCAGCUCUCAGCCAAAAAUAAAGUUGGCCACUUGUAAAAGUACGAUUCAAACAGUCCCUGUAGACACGUACAGUGCAGGGCCAUAACGAUGCAUUCAAGUGAUCUGCAGCAGCAAUUAUAAUCCUUUGUUUUGUGUUUUUCUCUGGCACCUUCCUCCGCAUCCCACCAAAUCCCCCUGUAGGAUUAGUGCUUUUUCAUUACCUGGUUGAUUCAUUUGGUAACCAGCCAAUGCAAAGACACAGACAUCCCGACUGGGCCUCGCACUAGGUCUGCAGUGCGGUGUAGUGCUGUUUGCCUUAUCUCUGGACGUCCGAGCCUCUUGACAUAUAUGGAAGCAGGCAGCCGUCACUCUGACAGUGCGCUCCCGAAAUAAUCUGCGGGCGCACAGCUGAGGCGGGUGGGAAACACCGCCCGCCAAAUCUGACCGGAGUAAUGACGAAAUUCUGCUACUCUGAGUACUUGAAUCAGUUCCGUAAUGCUGGAGGCAAAUGCAACGACGUUCUGCCGCGACCGCGGGCGGACGGAGGGAGAGGAGCCGCUCAGAGCGCUGUCACAUCAAAGCCGGAGGACGUUGACCCAGUGGUCUCUGCCAUCAGGAGGGGGGAUGUGGAGGCUCUUCUUGAUCUGGAAACCUCCGCUCCUCACAGCCUGCUGAGGGAGAACAAAGAUGGGUGGAUUCCGCUACAUGAUGCUGCCUACUGUGGACAGGCUGGGUGCCUGGAGACCCUACUGAGGGUCCAUCCAAGUUCAGUAGACAAACGAACCUUGCACGAGCAGACGGCCUUGCUGCUCGCUGUGUCUUGUGAACAUGUGUCAUGUGUGCGGUGCCUUCUGGAGGCCGGAGCCGACACCGACAUCAGCAGCAAGAACAAAGAGACCCCUUUGUACAAAGCGUGUGAGUUGGAGAAUGCGGACAUGGUGAGCCUCGUUCUCACUCAUGGGGCCACUGUGAACCAGCGCUGCGGUCAGGGCUGGACGGCCCUCCACGAAGCCGUGUCCAGGAACAACACGGAGAUCUGUGAGAUACUAAUAAGAGCCGGGGCGGCGAUCAAUCCGCCGAAUACCUACAGCAUCACACCGCUCACUGUAGCGGCUCAGCAAGGACAGAUGAGGGCACUGUGUUGUCUGAUUGGAAAAGGUGCAGAUGUGAACAUGCAGACGUGUGAUGGCGUGACGGCCCUGCACGAGGCCAGUAAAAAUGGACACAAGGAAAUCGUGGCACUGCUGUUGACUAAACACGCAGACGCCAACAAACCCACCAACACGGGACUGCUGCCCCUGCAUUUUGCCGCCCAGUAUGGCCACCACGAGAUCGUGUCCCUGCUCGUGUCGGUGACGAGUCGCACCAGGCUGCGGCACAGUUGCGUCAGUCCCCUGCACCUGGCGGCAGAGCACAACAGACACACUGUGGCAGCUGUGCUUCUGAAGACAGGUGCAGAUGUAAACGCCACACUGGCCCACAGUCACUCCAUCCAGUACGCUGAUCGACGGGCAACAGCCCUCUACUUCGCCAUCGCCAACUGCAGCAGGGAGACGGCAGAGGUGCUGCUGAACACUGGCGCCAGUGUGAACCUGGACCCGGUCAGUCCUCUGCUGAUGGCCGUCCGUCAGGGCUGUGUCAGCACCGUGUCCUUGCUGCUGGACAGAGGGGCCGACGUCGACGCCAGAAUCCCAUCUUACGCUACCACGUUCCCUGCUGUCAUUGCACUGUGCAUGAACAAUCUGCCUCUCCUCAAAUGCCUAUUGGACAAUGGCUGUGACGCCGUCUCCUGCUUCAGCUGUGCACACGGCAGUGGCCCUCACCCAGCUUCAGGAGAAUCCCACAUAAGAACCGUUGGUAGAAACGGACAUGAUUUACAGAACGACCACCUGCUUUCUUUAAACUGCUGCGAGACGACAGACAGAGCAAGACAGUUCUGCGAGUGGAUCUCAACACCAGUUAUGUGUAAAUGGGCAGGACCGAUCAUAGAUUUGUUGCUGGAGCAUGUUGGUCAUAUUCAGCUGUGCAGCAAACUCACUGAACUGCUGGACAGCCGAGAGGAAUGGCUCCCUGUCAAGAGGAAGUCAUUGUCGCCUCGUACGCUGCUGCACCUCUGCAGAUUAAGGAUUCGAACCCAAAUGGGGAGAGAGAGACUGAAAUCUCUCACAAGUCUACCUCUGCCAGACAGAGUGAUCCGAUACCUGAGCCUGGCUGACUGACUUUGAGGUGAACUUCAAGUAAUAUGUGCAUGAGAGAUGUGGCUGUAUUUAUCUUUUUGCAGUUCUUUUUUUAGUUGUGUCUGAUGUCUUGAAUCUUUACAUGGUCCAAAGCAAUUAUCUAUGCGUAAAAUAUCUAUUUAUGGCACAUGUAAUGUGACAAUAAAGUUCUUUCAUCUUUCA